AAGUGCACAGCACAACCACAGCACUUAAUUUCAUAAACUAUCUGGCCUCAACCAAAAACCACCUUGUGAGAGGACGAUCCUGGUUGCGAUGAACUUGUCAAAAGCCUUUGACACAGUCAAUCACACAACGCAACUUGAGGACAUUGAACAAUCCAUGCUCCUUUCAGGAUUGAAGAGGUGGACCAUGAACUACCUGAACGGUCGUCAGUCAUCCGUACUAUUUCGAGGUGAAACAUAUUAACUGAGAAGAACUAAACAGGGGGUUGUCCUCUCCCCGCUACUGUUUAACUUCUACAUCUCGAAACUCCCGCAACCACCAAAGGGGGGUUUCCAUAACCUCAUAUGCAAAUGAUUGCAAGAUAUUGACGUCGGGCAAUGGAAUCGAUGGCAUGUGUUCGAAGGUAAACAGCUACCUCUCAGACCUUUCUCGUUUCCUAACUGCACGGAACCUCACACUUUCCUCCACCAAAUCCACAGCGACCAUUUUUAUGAACUUGACGAAGAAGUAUAGACUUGAACUUAACAUUACAGUCGAUGGCGUGAAAAUUCCGACUGUUAAAAACCCUAAGAGUUUAGGUGUUACCUUUGAUAGUCUAUGCUCCUUCUCUCCCCAUACGACCGUGAUUAUCGCCAAGGUGCAGAGCCGCAACAAAAUCCUCAAGUCGCUAUCCGGCAGCACAUGGGGAAAAGACAAAGAAACGUUGUUGGCAACAUACAAGGCAAUCGGCCGGCCGGUCCUUGACUACGCAGCACCAAUAUGGUCGCCUGGAUGCAGUGGUACGCAGAUGAGGAAACUCCAGACCUGCCAAAAUACUGCACUCCGGACCACGACGGGAUGCCUUUUGAUGUCUCCCAUCGAACACCUUCAUAGUGAGACGCUUAUGCUCCCAGUAAAGGAACAUAAUGAACUCCUCUCCAAGCAGUUCAUGCUGUGA